UCAGCUCCACAGCAGACAUAAGGUUGCUUUGACCAACUCUUCAGAUUGCACCAUGAGAGCUCUUGUGUUUCUGCUGCUGGUGGCUGCAGCCAGUGCCUACCAGAUGGACCGAUGUGACCUGGCAAGGCAGCUGCAGGCUGCUGGGAUGCAGUAUACUGGAGUAUCCAUAGCUGACUGGGUCUGCCUGGCAUAUCGUGAGUCUACCUACCGCACAGAUGUUGUAGGCCCUCCGAACUCGGAUGGUUCCAGGGACUAUGGCAUCUUCCAGGUCAACAACAGGUAUUGGUGCAGCGGCGGCGGGUUCAAUGGGCAAGGCUGUGGAGUCAGCUGCACUGAUCUGUUUAACCUCCAGACAUCCAUUGCAUGUGCCAAAAUAAUUGUCAGGGCCCAAGGAAUCAGUGCCUGGGCCGGCUGGGUAAGCGGUUGUCAAGGAAGAGACCUCAGUGAAUACAUCAGUGGGUGUGGUGUUUAAUGAGGGCUGUAUGUUUUACAUGACUCAACUCCAUGCCCUAUAGGGCUAUGCACGUUUCCCAUUUAAUUAAUAAAUCGGUAAACAGCAA